CGGACAACGCGCUCAGUGCUGUUAGCCUGAGAGCUCGGUUGCUAAGGGAGGGAGGUGUAAUGACGGGUGCAGUUCCCGGGCUUAUAGGCCGCCUGUGUAGUGUACGGGAGGGAGGGAUAGUCAGGACAGGGUAACUGUAUGUACAGAGAGGAGGGCACAUGGAAGCAUCCUAUGGAGCUGAUAUCUGUAUUGCCUGCUGCUGAAAACAAAUUAUAAUCAAGUCUAUCUGUUGUGUUGAAGAGUAAUGGAGAAGAAAGGGCUUAAUCCGGCAUCUUUGUUCUUGCCUCCCACAGGAAUGGGUAAUACUGGGCUAAUCCCUCCUUCUCAUUUCGAAACGCGUAGACCAGGGGCAGCUCCUCUCCCCUCAGCACCCCAUCCAGUCCCACCAGCUGAUACCCAGCCCUGGGAAGAGCUGAAAAAAGAAUUGGAAAAACUGAAACAGGAAAAUGAAGCACUAAAGAUACUACAAGACAGGAGAGAUGGUCCACGAGCCAGGGCCCUGGAUUAUCAGUCUCUUGAUGCCCCACCAUCUGAAACCCGAGCUCUUGAAAUAAUUGCCCAUCAGAUGAGAGAGAUCCGCAAGCUGGAACUGGCGGUAGCUGAUGCCCAAGAAAAGGAGAAGGCUUUACGGCUGCUGUCUCAGGAACUGCAGAUCAUAAAGGAGGAGCGCACACAGGCUGAGCAGGCAGAGGAGAGGAGGCAGCAAGAAGAGGAGAGGAGGAGGCAAUCGGAAGAAGCUGCUAAAAGGAGGCGGCAGGAAGAGCUUCAGCUGUUGUCAGACCAGCACAAAAUGGAGAUGGAUACCUUAAGAGGCCAAGUCAGCGAACUUGAGGUGGAGCUACAGGAAGCACAGAAGCAGAAAGUACAAGAAGUCACAUGUCUAAGACAAACGCUUCAAUCAACGAAUGAAAAGAGCGAGAAUUUGGAAGCACUGUUGAGCCAAUCUUGCAUUGAAUUGGAAUCUCAGAAUUCUUUAGUGCAGCAGUUGAGGACGUACAUAGGAGAGCUCGUACCAGAUAAUCGCCAGGCAGAGAAACAGAAGAGAGAGAUUGCAGAACUCAGGAGUACGAUUCAGACUCUGGAGAAGGAGCGAGAAGCUUUGCAGACCUCUAUGUCUCUCAUUCAGACCCGCCUGUCAUCUCUCACACACAUAUUGACGCUACAAGAAAACGAUCUUUGCAAAAAGGCAGGAAACCAUAUUGAUGGACAGAAGACACAGAUGCUACUGAAGCGAUGGCGAGAGAAGGUGUUUAGUUUGAUGGUGCAACUAAAAUCAGAAGAAAUUAACAAGGAGAGCGAUGAACAGAAGAUGCAGCAGAGGAUAUAUUCUCUUGAAAAUUCUUUGCAAGAGAGUAAUCGGCAGUUGGUCCUUCAUUCGCAUGCACUGCAAGACCGGACAGCCGAGUUAGAAAUGGAGAAGCUUCGCAGUAAGUCUCUGCAGGAUGAGCUGUGUGCCACACAUAUUACAUCUACCCGUCUUACCAGUCGAGCUGAGGAAGCAGAACAGACAGCGCUUAAGCUGAAAGAAUUGAUUGAUGAUUUUGUACAGGUAAUGGAAUUUCAGGAAAAGACCUUCAGGGGUGCUCUGCAGCGGCUGGUUACCCUGGGCCAGAGGGUCUCUUUUGCUACCAAGAGAGUUGAUACUGUACAAGGUAUGGUAGCACAAAGAAUGGCCCUUGUAAAAUUGGCACAGGAGGAACGACCUAAAAGUUCAGCCAUAGAGGAUGACAUAUACCCAUCUUAUGAGGACCUGAAGAAUGAGGUACAGCUCUUAAAUGAAGAGAGAGACCAUCUGAGCACCGAACUGAAGCGCAGUGCUCUCAUCCUGGAGGAAAAAGUGAUGGAAACCAGAGAAAAAUUGGAAGCAGAGAUGGCAGAGUAUCGUGACACUAUCUCGCUUCUCCACCAAUCUAUCCAUGAGACAGAAGGGAGAGAGAAAGUCCUGACAAUGCAAGUGAUGGAGCUAGAAAGGAAACUACAUGAAGCUUGUGAAACUGCUGAACAGCUGAAAGAACAACUGCAGGAUCAGAAUGGGGAAUAUGAGAAAGAGCUGCAACACAAGGUGAGGGAAGUAGAGGAGAAAACGACUCAGCAACUGGCUGAGAUGGAAAAACAUCUGCAUGAGACAAGGAGAGAGCACACCAAAGCAGUUGUGGCACUUCGGCAAACAGAGCGCCAGAUGCAGCGGGAGAGGAAUCGGAGUCAAGAAACGAUGCACACGCUAGAAGAUGCCACACGAGUGCGCCAGGAGCAGCUAACCCGGCAGUUACGGGAUGCUGAAAGGGACAAAAACCUCAUGAUUGCCACACUUCGGCAGGAGGGAUUAUUUGCCACGUACCAGAAAAACCGGACAGUUGCAAUCCAGUCUCUGGAUACCCACACUGAGAAAGGACAGGGGCCAGCAUGUGCUUCAGGGACUAUCGGAGCAACAGGAACUAAAGAAUCUCUUUCCAAUAUGUUGGCAAACCUGCAGAGCCUCGGAGCUGCUCUGCUUAAAGAGGAUGUUUAUAAUGAAGAUGAGGAUGAAGAACCGAUGUAGCCACCAGGGGGCAGCAUAUGUAAUGUUAUAAGAGUGUCAUUUAUGCACAAGAUGGUUGAUUCAUAUGCAGGGUGAUCAAAAAGAAGCUUACUAACUUAGGGAUAUUGGGAUUAUUUAAAAUUAGAUCUAUACUGGGAGUAAUAUGUAAGCUAGCCUUGCUGACUUUCCUGAAAAUGCUAGUUGCCUGGCUGUCGCACAGAUCCAGUAGCAAAGAUAUUUGUAGUCCUGACACAGAACAGUUCUAUCUUUGCAUACAACAUGCUAGUUCCAGGUCAGUGACUCAAGUACUGAAGCUAGACGGGGCCAGGCAGUAGACAAAGGCAGCCUACAUAUUGGUCUCGGGACAUUUAUUUUAAGUGCAAAAUUUGUAGAUUUUGUCUGGAAUGUCUCUCAUUAAAGCAAGGAUCAAUGUGCAUUAUACAGCAACCAAACCCAACCAAUCAGAAUUAAUAUAUCAAUUAGAAGGCUCUGAGCUACAAAUCCAGCCAUGUCAUCAGUGUGUUGCACUAUUGCGUUUUUAUAGUCAAAAUCACAGAUUAAUUUGCACAUUGUAUUUCAAUUAUUUAUUGCCUAAUAAUCUGAUCUGGAAAUCUGUAAACUUUGUGAAGAUCCCCACAGUUACUACUUUGAAUUCUGUGACACAUAAUCACUAUGCCAUGUGGGUAGGCACUGGUGUGUCACACAUUUCAUAGAGCCUGCCUUCUAUACUACAGAGGUGCUUAGAGGAGGAGUUUAAGGAGGUGGAGUUAGUACAGGAAGCACUGCUUGCAGACAGCAAGGUAUCAUGGGAUAUGAAAUUGAAAGUAAACAGAAGAGGAGAAGCUGUAAAGCAUGGAGGGAACCCAGGAAGUUGUGGGAAGAGAAGGUCAGCAGGCAGGCAGCACUCACAACAUGCAAGGAGAUGUGGGAUGGUCAAAAAUCAUUUUGGUUGUUGCGUUAUACAAUGCUGAUAUUAUGAAAUGAAAGUGUAUGUUGUGAUCAUAGAAUUUCAAAGUCAAUUAAGCGGAAAUGCUUGCUGGAAUUAGAAAUUUACAUAACUGAGUCAGCAAGACCCAUUUAGCAGGUAUAAGGCCAGCAAACGUUUACAUUAAAUAAUCCAGAACGCCAACACCUGAUUAUCAUUCUCUUGUGCCUACAGUAAGUAUGUUUUAGGACCAAUCAACCAAAGAUGGAAGUAGAGUAUUUCACUGACAAAGAAAUGACCAGCUUGGAGUAUAACGAAAGCUUUUUUUUACGUUUU